AUGCGUUAUGAAUGGCUUUGUGAAAAGCACGGUUUUAAAGGAGGGAGAAAUUUAGCAGUGUUUUGUCAUAACAACGGCUACAUAAAUCCCUCUUCCCCUUGCCAGUUCCCGCGAGGAACUUACGAGCCGCCGCGCCUUUUCUGUGCCUGGAAGCCUCCGAGUGACUGUAGCAGCUUUGCUUCCUGCUCUCUUUCUGUGACGGUGCCUGCUGCGUGCAGCGCCUUUUUCGGAGCCUCGUGGAUGACUUCCUGCAGCAACAGAGAAGGCGACGAGCAUGCAGGGAAAUGGAUAGCAAGUGGGUCGGGAGCAGCUGUCAAAAGCAGUCACUACUACAGUCACCGGGAGACUUCCGGGCACCCAGUGGCUAACGGGUGCUCGCGCGAACCAGUUUAUUGA